CUCUCCUAUUUACACACCCCCUUUAUUGAUGGUGCUUUGUCUUUCCUUUUUCUUCUGCAACAACACCAACUAAAACCCUUUUUUUUCCAUCUCAUGUUCCAAUUGCUGCUCUGAGAAAAAGCAAACAAAAGGGCUAUGUCAGGGUUGUAUAAUCCCAACUUCUCUCCCGCCAGAGCUGCCUCUCCUCAGAUUAGAAGCACUCCAGAUGUUGACAGUCAGUACUUGUCAGAGCUGCUAGCAGAGCAUCAAAAGCUUGGACCUUUCAUGCAAGUGCUUCCGAUAUGUAGCCGACUCUUGAAUCAAGAGAUUCUACGGGUUUCUGGAAUGAUGUCCAACCAAGGUUUCGGCGACUUCGACAGAAUGCGACAUAGAAGUCCUAGUCCAAUGGCUUCUUCAAACCUUAUGUCAAGUGUUACUGGGACAGGAUUGGGUGGUUGGAAUGGACUUCCUCAAGAGCAGAGAUUAAGUGCACCUCAUGGGAUGACAAUGGACUGGCAAGGUGCACCUGCGAGCCCUAGUUCAUACACAGUGAAGAGGAUUUUACGCUUGGAAAUUCCUGUAGACACUUACCCCAACUUCAAUUUUGUUGGGCGACUUCUUGGACCCAGAGGUAAUUCUUUGAAACGAGUUGAAGCUACUACGGGGUGUCGUGUAUACAUUAGAGGCAAAGGAUCUAUCAAGGAUCCAGACAAGGAGGACAAGCUAAGGGGAAGACCAGGCUAUGAACAUCUGAGCGAACCACUCCACAUCUUAAUUGAAGCCGAUUUACCUGCCAGUGUUGUUGAUAUAAGGCUCAGACAGGCCCAAGAAAUUAUCGAAGAACUGCUCAAACCUGUGGACGAGUCACAAGAUUAUAUUAAGAGGCAGCAAUUGCGGGAGUUGGCUUUGAUAAAUUCAAAUUUCAGAGAAGAAAGUCCUGGGCCAAGUGGCAGCGUAUCUCCUUUCAAUUCAAGUGGAAUGAAACGUGCCAAAACAGGUCGAUGACUGCUCAUAUUACUGCUUGUUCUAAAUGUUUGCUACUCAGUACUCGACUCCAUGAUCAUGUCUGAGAAUGCCUUGCAAUACACAUUUCCAUCAGCAUGGCUACAAGAAAGACAGGCUAAAAGUUCUUGCUGGUGAGCUUUCUGAUGGUUUUUGUUUGUUUUGUUUCUCUCUCUUUUUGGAACUACAGACGGACAAAGACCCAAAAAACAAAAAAACCAAAAACCAAAAAAGAAAGGAAUUUAUAUAGUUGGCUCUUGAGCUUUAGGUUUGGUGAGGUCAGUUUUUCUGUGUAAACCUAAUACAUUCAUUGGAUUUAUUCUUGUGUUUAGUUACUUCUGAGAAGUGUGAAGAUAUAUAUUAAUUGUGCAACCAUUUAGAGCUUAAGACAGUGAAUCGAGUUUUGUAGGUUUGUCGUAUGGCAUUUUUAUAAGUCAUGUAAACAGAGUCUGGAUUCUUUACAAUGUCUCUAUCUCAAUUAUUUAAAUUGUCUCUCUUGGAGAUCUGCAAA